AUGUCAACUCAAUUCAGUGUUCCAUUAUGCAAUGGCAUCGAUCUCGCUUAUUGUCCAGGUUCCAUGGGCGUUAUUCAACGCUUGUUGUCUCUCACGAGUCGGAAUAAUUUACUUGGACUUCUCCUUGCGCUUGCGCUCUACUAUUUGGGGUCCCCCUUGAAAAACAAAGAAUCCGCCCAAUUACUCACCAGAAUUCCCGGCCCAUGGUAUGCACCUUUCACGGGGCUUCAUUUGCGAUGGAUGUUCGGUACAGGAACUAUCUGGAAAUACGCAUCAGACCAGCACCGGUGCCAUGGAGAUAUCAUCAGACUUGGACCAAGACAACUCUGGGUGUCAGACAAAGCGGCCAUGAAAGAUAUUCUCCAAAAAACAGACCUACCAAAAGUAACUAUGUAUGCUGAGAUAUCCAGAGACCGAAGAAGCCCGGGAUUAUUUGGGGAAAUGUGAGUUCUCUUUGCCUCAUACUUGCUGUGUCAAGUCCUCCUUAUGGAUUUACGUAUGCUAAUCAUUUUCAAGUCGACCGGAACCUCAUAAGAAUCUCAAGCGUUUCCUUGGCCCAGCAUUUACUGUAUCUUCAGUUGAUACCCUCGACCUUUUCUUCAAGGAUUGCGUUCAAAAGCUGCUCAGAAACUAUUACGCGAUAGUUGACUCAGAAUCGACGCCAAAGGCCGCUUUUGAGACUGACCUAAUGCGCGACCUUCAUUGUUUGGCACUGGACAUGUGAGUUUACUAGGAACCCUAAUAUCUUUACGCGCGCUAAAUCUUAGAAAGUAUGGGUGAAAGUGCUUUCGGUAAAAGAUUUGGUCAGGUUGAUCAAGUUUUUGAUGCUACGAAGAUACGGACCCAACGAGAGAAGGAAUGGUUCAAGAUUCCCGACGCAAUUUCCAGCGGGCUGGCAAAAAGGUACAAGGUAAGAGAUGAGUCUAUAUCGUAUGAUAUGAUACGUUGUUGAUAAUUCCAAAUAGUCGGUAUUUGUGAAAAGGUUCUUUCGCCGAUUAGGCCUCGAUAUCGAGUUUGACUGGCCCAAAGAAAUGACUCGAGCCAUUUCCACCUUGAUCGAUGAGAGAAGGACGAAUGAAAACAGGGACCCCAAUGCUCGUCGAGAUGUUCUCCAACAUAUGUUGGAAGAGGGGACACGACCAGAUACCGGCAUACGGAUAAGCAACCAAGAUAUAAUCGAUCAGAUGUCUGAGUUGUUACCUGCGGGAUCUGAAACUACCUCAGGUAAGUUAUCUUGAGUAUAAUAAUUGUACUUCCAUGUUAACGGACUCAAAGGAACAAUCGGGUUUCUCUUCUUGGAAUUGGCUCGGAACCCAGAUGUGAGAGCAAAGCUUCUUGCAUCUCUGCCUGUACUCUCGGCCAGCGAUCCAAUUCUCGACAGCAAAACUGUCCGCAAGCAACCAACAUACCGAUAUCUCGAGGCUUGCAUCAAGGAGAAUCUUCGCAUGCACCCAGUUGCAUCUGAGAUGGGCAGACGGACAAUCAAAGAAAGCCUACAAGUUCAAGGCUAUAUAAUUCCCCCACAUAAAGUUGUUUCUGCUUCAUACCGUAUGCUGCACCUCGAUGAGAGGUACUGGCCCGAGCCCGAAAGUUUCUGGCAGGAAAGAUGGCUACAGAGAGAUGAACGAGAGGGAGCGCCAGAACCUGAGUAAGUCCAAUCACUUCACUGAAGUGUGAAGAAGGUAGCUGAUAGAAGCAGUAUGGAUGCAUACUACCCUUUCUCUGCGGGUAAACAUUCUUGCAUUGGCGUGAAGUAAGAUUUCAGUUCCACAGUAUAUGAACACGAGGCUAACAGGGUGGAUUAUAGUUUUGCUAUGGCUGAAAUUCGCACUGCAUCUGCAAAUAUCCUCUCUCGGUUUGAUGUUCAGGAGCCAUAUUACCAGGAGAUUGACGUCUGCCAGUUCAUUACCAUGCAGUUCGGCGAUGGAUCUUGGAAGGCAAGUUCAGAGCGGAACGUUCCAUAUACAUUUACUGAUUUUCUGGGGUUGAAUUUAUAG